AUUCAGAUGGAAAAAGCAAUCGGGAGGCGAUUCUGAUUCCCUUAGUCAAAUCCCAAUGAAAAAAGGAAAAAAUAAACUAAAGCUUUCUGACCUUCAACCCUCUGCUAGCGAUAACUCUUCCAGACUCUCUUUCUUAUAGUCGGAUUCAUAUCCCCUCAACCAACCAUGGAGGAAGCAUCUAAUUUUCUUGCAACAAAGAGGAAGAAGUAUGCUGUGGUCACAGGAGCAAACAGAGGGAUGGGGUUUGAAACAUGCAAGCAGUUGGCUUCUAAUGGGGUUGUGGUGGUGCUAACUGCAAGAGAUGAGAAAAAGGGUAUUGAAGCUCUUGAUAAAUUCAAAGGCUCUGCUCUUUCUGAAUAUGUGAUCUUUCAUCAGCUUGAUGUUGCCGAUACCUCCAGUGUUGCUUCCCUUGCUGAUUUCAUAAGGAACCAAUUUGGAAAGCUUGACAUUUUAGUGAACAAUGCAGCAAUUACUGGUGUUAUAACCAACACUGAUGCUGUAAGAGCAUCCACGGUUAAUGGGGAAGGAGCAAACAUCAAGUGGAGUGAGGUGACGGCACAAACCUACGACUUGGCAAAAGUCUGCUUAGAAACAAACUACUAUGGUGCGAAAAGAACAACUGAAGCACUUAUCCCUCUCCUCCAGUUAUCAGAUUCAGCAAGAAUUGUUAAUGUUUCAUCCAGCUCUGGGAAGCUAAAGUUCGUACCCAAUGAAUGGGCCAAAGGAGUGUUUCUUGAUGAUGAAAGCCUCUCCGAAGAGAGAAUUGAUGAGGUGCUGAGCAAGUUUCUAAACGAUUUCAAAGAGGGUGAGAUAGAAGCCAAAGGGUGGCCGCCUUUUCUAUCAGCAUAUGCAUUGUCAAAAGCGGCUAUGAAUGCGUCUACAAGAAUACUAGCCAAGAGGCACCCGAAUUUCAUCGUCAAUUCUGUGUGUCCAGGCUACGUUAAAACAGAUAUGAAUUGCCAAGACGGCAUCUUAACUGUUGAAGAAGGAUCCCAAAAUAUAGUUAGGCUGGCCCUCUUGCCUAAUGAGGGGCCUUCUGGCUUAUUUUUCUCUCAGAAACAAGUUUCCCCAUCGUGAAGAAACCAUAUAUCCUCCUCCAAAUAUGUUGAAGAUAUGAAUGUAUUUCCAAAUGGAGAAGUAAAUUCUCAGAAACAGUUCUCCCGUUCUAGAAUUAGAUGAUGAGUUUCUGAACAAAAAGCUGCAUUUGUUAAUGUAUUCGUUUCAGCCAUAAAGUUGUUCUCUUGCCUUCAACUUUUGA